AUGCAGUUCCGCAGCUCAGCGGCCACGCUGCCGCACCGCGACGGCACGCUGAUGGACACCACCAACCACCCGGCGCGGCUGUGCCACGCCCUGCCAGACAGCGUGUCCGACCUGGAGGCGGCGCUCAUCGAGCCGCUGGCCGUGUGCAUGCACGCCAUCCGCCGCUCCACGCCGCCAGACCCGACCACCACCGCUACUGUCUACCGCGCGCUCGGCGAGGACCUACCCGCGCUGGUACUGGGCGCCGGCGCCGUGGGCCUGCUGCUGGCCGCCGCUCUGGCCGCCACGCAGCCCUUCACGCGCAUCGUCGUGGCCGACAUCGACCGCGCGCGCCUCGACAUCGCCGCGCGCCUGCCCGUCCCCGCCGGCCGCAUCACUACGCACCUCUUCCCCCCCAGCCCUGACGAGCCGCCUUCCGACGACCACGACGACGACGCUGCCGCCCAGGCCCGCGCCGCCGCGCUGCCCGCCGCCGGGCGCUUCACGCACCUGUACGAAUGCACGGGCGCAGUGGCGUGCGUGCGCACGGCGAUCCACGCAGCGGCGCCGGGCGCGCGCAUCGCGCUGGUGGGCAUGGGCGGGGCGGCAGUGGCGACGGCGGUGCCGCUGGCGGCCGCGGCGCUGCGCGAGGUGGACCUGGUGGGCGUGCUGCGGUACGACGACGCGGCGUACCCGGCGGCCAUUGCGCUGAUGGCGUCGGGCCGGCUGCGCGGCGUGGCCGAGUGCGUCGUCACGCACACCGUCGACCUGGCUGACGACGGCGGCUACAGGGGCUUUCGUCUGGCGGGUGCGCGUGUGGAUGAGUCCGGUUGCCCGGUGGUGAAGGUCGUGGUGCUGAGUGGAGGACUAAAUAAUAGGUAG